CCUUCCAAAUCUUUGAAUCUUGACACAAUGAGCUACUAUGGUAGCUACUAUGGGGGCCUGGGCUAUGGCUAUGGCUCUGGUUAUGGCUGCGGAUGUGGCAGUUUCCGUGGCUUAGGCUAUGGUUAUGGAGGCUGUGGCUAUGGAGGCCUGGGCUAUGGUGGCUAUGGCUAUGGCUGCUGCCGUCCAUCUUGCUGUGGAAGGUAUUCUUCCUAUGGCUUCUUCUGAAAAACUCCUUGCUGUUGAACCUUCUUGGAAUCCUUGUUCCUCCCUGAUUUGGACUAAUUCCAUAGCCUUGUCACCUUCCAUCUACAUCUGUAGCCACAUCACAUGGGAGGACUACAGCACCAGAGUCGUAGAAUCCCCAUGAUCUCUCAGGGCAGGAAAGUGGCAGGGACCACAAAGCAGCAUGAUCUGUCUUAUGGAAAAUGAUGCAGAAUCUCGUCUUUUAUGAGAGAGAUUCUUCUAACAACAACUCAUUUCCAGCAAGUUUUCUUAGCUCUAAUACACCAUGGCUCAGGUUUCUUUUAUUAUUUUCUAAUAAACUUGU